GGUGCAACGUCACGAGAUUCUAUGGUUAAACCAACAUGUCUGCGCCCAUGUAACUGUGCAAUUGCAACGUGAAGAAGGAUAUAUGCUUCGGAGUACCAUCUCUUUUUCUGAAAGGUAGUCGGGGGCGACCGUCACGCUCACAGCAUGUCGAAGAUCUCGAGAGCAGCAAAGACGGCGAAGAAGGUGGAGAUGGGGAACGUGAUCCGGAUGAUCGUACGGGCGGGGCAGGCGGCCCCCGGCCCCCCGCUGGGCCCUGUGCUUGGGCAGAGAGGAAUCCCCAUUGGUCAGUUCUGUAAGGACUUCAAUGAGAAAACCAAAGACAUCAAGGACGGCAUCCCACUCCCUACCAUUGUCAAUGUCAAGCCUGACAGGACGUAUGACAUAAAGAUUGGUCAGCCUACAGUAUCCUAUUUCCUGAAAGCAGCUGCCGGAGUUGAGAAGGGGGCCAAAAAAACAGGGCAUGAGGUAGCAGGAAUGGUGUCUAUACGGACGGUGUAUGAGAUUGCCCGUGUCAAAGCCAAGGACGACUGUUUCGUGCUGCAGGAUGCCUCCAUGGAAACCGUGGUGAAGUGCAUCGUAGGCUCCGCCCGCUCUCUGGGUAUUAAAGUGGUCAAUGACCUGUCAGCCGUGGAGUACGGGGACUUUCUGAAGGCCAGAGAGGAGAAGCUCCGGCAGGAACAGGAGCUUGCGGCUGCAGAAGCCGCACAAGCCAAGAAGAAGUGACGUCCCAUGAAGGGAUGAUUCUUUCUGUGGCGAUUCACUAAAGAGGCGUUUGUGGCCUAAUAAUGUAUUUUUCAUUCUGUUUCAUACUGUUUGUUCGAUUCUUGGUUUUGUUUAUUAUUUUGUUUCUGCUAAAAGUAUUUUUGUUAGAUUGGAUCAAAACAAAAAUACAGCUAUUAAAAUGAUAUUUAAGAUGA